AUUGGUGUCCGUCGGUUUCCCGAGCCGGACGCCGACAGCAGCGCAUCGCCGGCGUUUUUCAUUCAUUUUCAUCAGGCUGCUUCAGUCCGGCACGCAGCGCCUAGUUGCGCGGCAGGUCUCCACUCCGCCGAGGUUGUAACACUUGUUACCAGCCGCCGCUGCCCCGGUACAGGCGCACCUGAGUUGAGUUCAGACAUCCCGCGUUCCGCGGUGAGCCGCCGAGCCCAUGAUCCGCCCACGAAGCGGCCGCGAAGUUCAGUUCGCCUCUGAAUGCAACACUUACAGCAGCUCGACUGCCGGCGAUGCGUGAGCUAGAACAUAAGGACAGGAUCGAGGGGUUUUUCCGUUUUACCCUAAAUUUUCUAUAGACUUGACAGAUCGGCUGUUUGGUAAUAAUCCGAAAUCAUCACCGCCAAGUUGCUGCACCGCGAUUGUUCCCUUCGUUCAGAGGAGAAUUUUUUUUUACCAAGGCGGUAAAAUAUAUACAGCAGUAUAAUAGCCGGUAUCAUAUGUUUGCCAUAUUUAUCGAGUCGUGCAGUUGAGGUAGUUUUCAUUAUAAGGGAAAAAAUACAAUAUAUAUUUUUUUAUUUAAAAAACCAGUUGGCGAGAGAUGAAGGCGAAAAACAGGGAUCAGAGCUUUUCAGAUUCAAGGGAACUGGACGGCUCCUACGACCAGCUCACCGACAGCGUGGAGGACGACUUUGAGCUCUCCACGGUGUGUUACCGGCCCGAGGGCCUCGACAAGCUGCUGGAACAGACCAAGUUCACCAAGAAGGAGCUGCAGAUUCUCUACCGGGGUUUCAAGAAUGAGUGCCCCAGUGGAGUCGUCAACGAGGAGGCAUUUAAACUCAUCUACUCGCAGUUUUUCCCCCAGGGAGAUUCCAGCACAUACGCACACUUCCUCUUCGAAGCAUUUGACACCAACAAGAAUGGCUCUGUCAGCUUUGAGGACUUUGUCAUGGGCCUGUCCAUCAUCCUCAGGGGCUCCAUUAAUGACCGGCUGAACUGGGCCUUCAACCUAUACGACCUCAACAAGGAUGGUUGUAUUACCAAAGAGGAGAUGCUGGACAUCAUGAAGUCCAUCUACGACAUGAUGGGCAAGUGGACUUAUCCAUGCAUGCAGGACAAUGCCCCCAAGGAGCACGUGGAAAACUUCUUCCAGAAAAUGGAUCGCAACAAUGACGGGGUCGUGACCAUCGAUGAGUUCAUCGAGUCCUGCCAAAAGGAUGAAAACAUCAUGCAAUCCAUGCAGCUCUUCGACAACGUCAUCUAAGGCGUUUCCAUGGAGACGGGACAUCGGCAGGGGCGAGCUUUUCAGUGCAUGCCGUCCGGGCUCCUUCCUGGCCCGCGUUAGACCAAACUCUGCCCCACCCCAGCCUCAUCAUUCCCCAUCAGCCUUGCCAAAACUCCUCAGCCCCCGACCCCAGUCCUCCUGACCUCGGUGAGGACAGCAGCCUUUGCCAUUCCGGUUCGUCACCCGCUCCCCCAAAUGCAGAAAAUCUGGCAGGAAGAGGUUUUCGCAGCCAGCUUCACAGUCAUCCUUGUUAUGUCCCCAGAGAGACCUGUCUCCUCGUGGCGUCCCUGGCAGCCUCCUUGCCCUUUGGAGGUCAGUUGACUCGCACAAAGCUUGAGGGGUUCGGGUCGUGAAAGGGUUAGGGUUAGGGUUAGGGUUAGGUCAUACUGUAGUCAUGGCGGAGCUGUUCCCGACAUUCCAUCGGAAUAAUCCGGAGAAACCAGCGGCCAUCUUCAGCAGCAAGUCCAUUGUUCUUUUUCCUUUUUAACAUCAUCGUGAUGUUCCCUGCUGUUGCGUAGAUGCCUUUGUCACUUUUUGUCUCAGUGGUCGUUCCCAGCCUAUUGUUCACCCAUUCAAUCAGCUGAUCGAUCUAGCAUGGUAAAGUAUGAGUGAGCGGUUACGUGAUUGCCUAGCAACUCCAGUCCCACCCCCAGUGAUAUUUGACAAAACCCACAGGAAUGUCUUCCAAGACAUUCACACUCACUCUCCUGCAUAAUAUACCCUUAACUGUUGUUUAGGGUUAACCGAUUUCAAAUCCUUUAUGUGUUCCUCUGAAUCAUAAGAAACGUUGUGUUAUAUGACCAGAGAAUGGCUUUUAGGACCAAUAUGGGCUCUUGGGUAUACACAUCCAUCAACCAUCACAAUGAAGUGGUGAGAAGAUGAGCAGCCGGGCAGAUCUUUGAGAUGUCAAGGUCUGGCACAGACAGCCGGACGGAUCUGCAAGACGUCGAGGUCCAACGUAGACAGCCGGACAGAUCUGUGAGACAUGGAAAAUUGCCGUUAACAAGGCAGGCGCUCUGCUGAAGGCCCCCCUACUGGAGUGAACAUCUCAGCUGUGGAAAUGACUGGCUUUCACAGUACGUGUCCAAAAGAGUUUUGUCCAUUCUGUAAAUGUUACGACCUGUGAUCAUGUUAAUUUUAGGGUGUGUGUUGUUGGUCCUGCUUUUCCACACAGGCCGCAUUGCCCAUGUCGGAGCUUUUGCUUACUGAAGACUGCAACCCGUGCUGGAUCUAUUAGCCUGUCCUCCCAAUGUACAUGCUGUAGGUCUCAUUUAGCACUGAAGCUAAAAUUUCCAAUGUCCCAUUCAGAGUCUUAUGGUCACUUAUGAGCAGGCAGGGUUUUUGCGGUGCCUAGAUCAAAGAUGGGGUUGAGGAAGGUUCUGGAUUUUAUUUUGAGCUCGGAGUUAUGAAUGGAGUUGGGUGAUAGCCAUCAACGACGCCCAAAGUAUUCAUUGAAUAAUUGAAUUGUCUUACAACCUUUGUUCAUCUGAGAAAUGAAUGGAGGUUCAUUGAUGUUUUUGAGGUACACCACAGAGCUAGCGGUCCAUGAUCUGCAUCACAUUCCUCACUUCAAUGGUAGGAGAAGUUCUCCGUCUACAUGUCCAUCGCCGAUGCCUUUGGUCCACAGCCCAGCCCAGCAUUUGGCUGUAACACGGUUUAUUUUAAGCACGCACUCUCGCAGGGUGUUCCCAAAAAGAGGCGACGCUGAUCAACAGUGUCUUACGCCGGACGGUCACACCAGCCGGUGGCGGGAGAAGCCGCAGCCAUCGGGCGUCAGUGAAAUAUGUACGUGUGAAACAGACACUUUCCCGCUCUGCAGACGCGUCGCCAGCCCGCUGAGCUGCAGAGAAACCCGCGGUCUCUUAACGCAAGUGAUGAAUCGCUUUCCAAUUGGCUGCUCACAGCUUGGCAGAAAUUAUAAUCCACAAGAGGGGUACUUCAUUGUAGACCUUUUCAGAUGGAGUCCGCAAGCAGCAGCCAUAAGCGACUGAGAUUGUUGUCUUCCCAGGACUGUCCUGUUUUGGAUCCAUACGUUUCUCUCCAGGCCUGACAGUGAUCAGAUUUUCUUUCGAUGAUUUCAUGUUGACAAGUGAGUUCAUUAUGCAAGCAAUCUAACCUUCCUUCAUAACAACAAUGGUUCAAGCUGUAUUUGUAAGAAAAUACCUCUUGUGUGGGCACCCACAGAUAAAUCAUUGAAAUAACAAGACAUUACUUUCAUUUUCAUCGAUAUAAUGAAAUAAACACAAUCAUCUAGAUAUAAAAACAGAGGUGUCUAAUAUUCUAAUCAUUAUGUUUUAUCACGAGUAACAAAAUAACAGUUUUAUCAUAAAAAUAACAAUAGUUAUUUCAAUAGUCAUUGCAAUGUAGCUGCCCACCCAGCACACAAUUCUUUCAGCGUCGCUAACCAUUCCAGUCAUUCUGUUUCUAUGACAACCAAAACCAUUGAAAUCAACAGUUUGGGAUGCACAGUGUUGCCGUUCUUCAGCUUCCCCAGGUAUAAACUUAGGAAGAUCAGGCCAGCAGGAAUAAAAUAUUAGAUGGCUCCGAUCACUCCGAAACAUCCUCGCAACGUUUGCACAGAAGAGCUGGAUUACCAGAGACACAAUGCUAGGGCCCGACACUGACAUGAGAAUGCGAAUUAUACCUGAGCUCUGACUGACACCUGACGGGACAUAUUUGGGGAUGUUAGAUGAUACAGGAUAAGGUUGGGAAUGGAAUCUCCAGGAGUGGAAGGCAGUGAGGCAUCGGAGUAGGAAUGGGUUACAAAACCAGCAGCUUUCUACCAGAAAUUAGUGAAAAGUCUUCCAUGGUACGUUGAAGGCCGAAGGCGGGUGAGGCAUUUCUCAUUUCUCUACAUGACCACAUGUGCUGCUUGACCCUCGGUAGGUUAGUAUAGCGCUCCACUCCUGUCUUUAUUAGAGCGGUUCAGGUUCCAUAGUGUGGAACCUGAGUUUAGAAUCCUGAGAAACCCGAGAACAUGGAGCAGUUGGCCCGUUUUUUUGCUUUUUUUUUUCAAAGCACUUAAGCCUAGUAAGGGUUAGUGGCAAUUUGGGGGGGGGGGUGUCUUGUUGGUAUUAGAGGUGUUGGGUUUCCAGUAAUAGGGGUGGGGGGGUCUUCGGUGACAUGCACCAUUUCAUGGGAUGUCAUUCUGGUGACAUCUGUUCUUCUGGAGCGGAAGGGAGAUCUUUCACCGAAGACUUCCUUGCACUAGAUCAGCGUUUCCCAAUCUGGUCCUCGAGAACCCCCAGACGGUUCACGUUUUUCAAAAAAUUGGACUGUCUGGCAGGGAGCUGGGAGGGAGCAAAAACCUGGACCGUCCGUGGGUCCCCGAGGACCGGGUUUGGAAGCGUUACACUAGAUGACUGUAGUUUCUGGCCCCUGUAGGUCACGCCGUCUUUUCUCGCAUGCCGUGUGUCUCAAUGAAUCCUGAUAACCGUCGUUAUUUCCUGUGUGUCUAGUUGACUGGCCACCACUGGCUGCUUCGCCUUUGAAUGUGUGUAUAAUUUUGUACAGAAGACAAUAAUAAUAAUUAAAAAAAAAUCACUGUUGCUAUGCAACAA